GGUGGCGCCGCUGUGCGGGAGUGAACGAAACGAAUUGGCGUGCUACGUGCAGCAGCCACUCCACUAGCCGAGCCGUGUCACGCCGUUGGAGGAGCUUUGCAAUGUCGCGCAUGAAUUGUUGCGUCGUCAACUGCGCUAACAGUUAUAAGAAGUGCCCUCCUGGAACAAAGUUCUUCCGUUUUCCGGGGCGACAAAGCCUCCUAGACCAGCGGGAACGGUGGAUUCGCAGCGUACGCCGUGUGAACGCAAACGGAACCGAGUGGCAGCCGGCAAAGUGGUCUCGGGUCUGCAGUCUACAUUUUGUUGGCGGAAAGUCAUCGACGGAUCCAGCUUCUCCCUCGUACGCUCCUGCUGUUUUUCCGCCGACGUACCGCAAAACUUCGCCGAUAGCUGAGGACAAGAGGUCUCGCUAUGAGAGGUGGAGAAAAAGGACUCGUGCUUCACCUGCCAUUUCAGACCCAAGUAGUGUCAGUUUGCGUGAGGAUGUAGAUGAGGAUGAGCCUGUAGACAGCUCCAUUUCGCCAAGUGAUGAUGGUGAAGAGCUCGAAUCACUACCACAUGUCCCACCCCAGUGUGACGAACAUGAAUUGUCAACGCGUGAGAUGAGGACUCCUCGGGCAACAGACAUCACCGUUGGAAGCCGUCUCCUCCUCUUCUUGAUGAAGAUGAAGCAUGGACUCACAUUUGCUGCUCUUGGUGCCCUCUUCAGUGUUCACCGAACCACUGCUUCUCGUGUGUUUUAUGCUGUACUUGAUGUGCUGCAUGCCAAGACUCAAGGUUGGCUUGUUUGGUUUCCACGUGAGGUUGUACAGGAAACAAUGCCCCCGUCAUUUAAAGAGAAGUACCCGACAUGCAGGGUUAUCAUAGACUGCACGGAGGUGCCUAUUGAAAUGCCACCAGAGGUCAGCGAACAAGUGAACUGCUGGAGCAGUUAUAAGAGCAACUUCACACUCAAGUUCCUUGUUGGUGUAGCCCCUUGUGGAUUCAUUUCAUAUGUUUCUGAAGUGUUUGGUGGCCGCGCUAGCGACACUUAUAUUACUGCAAACUGUGGUCUGCUUGACCUGCUUGAGAAAGACGACCUGGUGUUGGCCGACAAAGGCUUCCCCCACAUUCGCUGCGACCUAGAAUCUCGCCAGGUUAGCCUAGAAAUGCCCCCUUUUGCUCACAUGAAUGAGCAGUUCACUGCUUCAGAAGUUGCACGCACAUAUAAAAUAGCCUCUCACCGAAUUCACGUGGAACGAUGCAUUCAAAGGAUCAAAGUGUUUAACAUUCUGUCUGGAAGGCUACCACAAGAACUUAGAUGCCAUGUUGACAAGAUAGUAUCCAUGUGUUGCAUACUCGCAAACAUGCAAAAGCCAAUAUUCAAAAUUCAGCAGUGAUUGAAUGUAGAGAUUGCGAUGGUCCUAAAAGCAACCAUAUUCACUUUUGAUCCUAUUUUAAACA